GCUGAAAUUACGGUCGUAACUUUGUUCUCCUGCCCGUAAUUUCCCAUAAAUGUCAUCGUGUGGCACCCCGUAAACCAAGAGUUACGGCUUACUUGGGGGAGUUACGGCUCAACCGUAACUUGAAGAGGGAGACCGUAACUUGAAGGCCGAGUGCGAAGAAGCAGUGGGACGAGGAAGAAGCAUGGCUGGCUGACUUGGUCCCUACGGAGGGAGAAGUUGGUCCUGUGGCGGAGGGAGAUGGUGGUCCGACAGCGAAGGGAGAAAUUGAUCCGGCGGCGGAGGGAGAAGGUGGUACGACGGAGGGAUUACCUGUUCCGAGAAGAAUGUCCGCCGGAGGAAGAAGGAUUCCUUCCUCGACAGUCACUGGAGGGAGGCUCCGACUGUGCUGUCAGUGUGAGAAAAAAAGUCGAAGGAAGACUCGCAUGGAGGUAGUAGAAGGGCACGAUGAGAGUAUUUUGGUCAUUUCCAAACCCAAUUAACAAUAAGAAAAUGAAAUUUUGGACAAAGAACAUUUUCGUUACAUUGUAAUAAUAUAGGGACAUGUUUAUGCAAAAUCAUAAUAUAGGGCACCUUUGUUAUCUCGCAAUAAUACAGGGGCAGAAAAUGCUAUUAACCCUUUUUAUUUCUACCUGCAUUCUGCAGUUAUGGUAUUGAGAACUGGGAUCAAUCGGCUUAUCCCGCGAACGGUGCACGGGCUGCUAAAAUCGUCGCCGUUUGCCAAACCACCGGCCUGCCUUCAUACACCUUCGUCAGCUUCUUUUCUCUGCCCGAACUGCAACAUCGCGACCGAUUUAUUAAGGAGUUCGAUUCUCUCGGCAAACAAUCGGAAAGAAAGCGGCUUUUUUUGCUAUCUAUGGUCCUAUUAACGUCUUCCGCUCCUUCGCCGGUGUUUCCUGUUAUCCCAAGCUCCAGAAUUUGAUCGAUCUAAUUCGAUUUGCUGACUUAAUAUCCUAGUUUUUCUUCAUAACUAUUGGAGGAUUUGGGCAUUGUGUGCUUAAUUAUAGUUAUCGAUAGGUUAGGUUAGGGUUUUAGUUUGUUGUCCAUCCGCCUGGGUGAAGCUUUCAGGCGAAUUGGGUGCUUCCCAGCGGGAACUAUUCAGAGAAGUUAGGGUCUUGAUAGUAGCUCGAUGGCGGAUCGUAGCAUCAGCAGCACUAACAACGCUUUAGCGAAGCCGAUAUGGAUGAAGCAAGCGGAAGAGGCCAAGCUGAAGAGCGAGGCUGAGAAAGCUGCGGCUGCAAAGGCUGCUUUCGAGGCCACGUUCAAAGAUGUGAGUAACAAACCAGAUACUCCUGCGCUGGACUCCGAUUCAGAUGAUGAAGAAGAAGACGAGAGGGAUUUGGCUAACAAGCCCAUUGGCCCUGUCGACCCGGCCAAGUGUACCGCUGCUGGUGCAGGAAUUGCUGGUGGGACUGCUUGCGGUCCCUCGACCUUCACGGUGGUGACUAAGGAUGCUGAUGGGAGGAAGGUGCCUCACGGAGGCGCUGAGAUUAAGGUGACGGUGUCCCCUGGAGUUGGUGUUGGGGGAACUGAGCAGGAUGGGAUCGUGAAGGAUAUUGGAGAUGGCUCUUAUACGGUCACUUAUGUGGUGCCCAAGAGGGGGAACUAUAUGUUGCAUAUUGAAUGUAAUGGAAAACCCAUCAUGGGUAGCCCAUUUCCUGUGUUCUUCAGUCAAGGCACUUCAACUGGUGGUCUCCUAGGUGUGGCUCCUGCUUCGACAUAUUCAAACCAUGUCAAUCAGACUAUGCCCAACAUGCCUAAUUAUUCGGCAUCGAUGUCUGGGUCUUUCCCUGGAUUGUUAAGUAUGAUCCCAGGAAUCGUUCCUGGUCCUUCUGGUGGUGUUGUCUUGCCCGGAAUUGGAGCAUCACUUGGAGAAGUUUGUAGGGAAUUUCUUAAUGGUCGAUGCACGCAAUCGGAUUGCAAGCUGAACCAUCCUCCCCACAACUUACUGAUGACCGCACUAGCAGCAACGACCACAAUGGGCACUCUCAGUCAGGUGCCUAUGGCACCUUCAGCAGCUGCUAUGGCUGCUGCUCAGGCCAUCGUUGCUGCUCAAGCUCUUCAAGCUCAUGCUGCUCAGGUGCAAGCAGCACAGUCCAGUAAAGAUACAUCUGGCUCAUCUGACAGAUUUGGCAAGGAUGAAGCACUGAAAAAGACUCUCCAAGUUAGCAAUCUCAGUCCUCUGCUGACAGUUGAGCAGCUGAAACAACUUUUCAGCUUCUGUGGCACGGUUGUGGAAUGUACAGUUACUGAUUCGAAGCAUUUUGCAUACAUAGAGUACUCGAAACCAGAAGAAGCAACCGCGGCUUUGGCACUGAACAAUAUAGAUGUUGGUGGACGUCCUCUGAAUGUGGAGAUGGCUAAAUCACUUCCCCAGAAACCAGUCGUAAACUCUUCAGUGUCCUCUUCAUCUUCUUUGCCUGUGAUGAUGCAGCAAGCUGUUAUCAUGCAACAGAUGCAAUUUCAACAGGCUUUACUUAUGCAACAGACAAUGACUGCACAACAAGCAGCUAAUCGCGCUGCAACCAUGAAGUCUGCAACAGAGUUGGCUGCUGCCAGAGCCGCAGAGAUAAGUAUGAAGCUAAAAGCUGAUGGACUUUUCGAUGAAGAGGAACCUAAGAAAGAGAAGUCGAAGUCGCCAUCACCUCCUCGAGCGAGAUCCAAGUCAAGGUCCAGAUCACCAAUCAACUAUCGGAAAAAACGAAGAUCACCUUCUUACUCACCUCCACCACACCGCCGUAGGGAACGUACACCCUUGAGAUCUCGAAAUUACUUGAGGUACGACACAGGUAGGCGUUCUUUUAGAGAUUCCAGAGAUGAUAGCGGCAGAAGUAGGAGAAGUGAUUUGGAUAGAUCUUAUGACCGUGAUUUUUCUACUUCAAAGCGACACAAGAGUCGAAGCGUGAGCCCUCGAAGACGAAAAUCCUACAGGGAGGAUUCAGGUUCUCCAAGACGGCGCCUAGAUAGUUCACCACACAGAACAAGAAAAUCAUCUCCUGGUCGGUCAAGAUCACCAAGGCGUCACCGAGCUAGUAGGUCAUCUCCUAGAACUGAUGGUGAUAGCAAGACUAAACGCCGGGAACGCUCUCUCUCUAACACUCCAGAUGAGUCCAAUGACAGGACAAAUGGAGCCCAAGAUGAAAUAAAGCUACGGGAAAGGAGAUCGAGAUCACUUUCAAGUGAAUCUUGGCCCGUCCAGGGCAAGUCAUCUCCAACGAGCUCAAAUUAUUCUGAACAAAAGCAGAAGAGAAGAUCCAGGUCUAAUUCAUUAGAGACCAAGCAUCGCGUGGAUGAGAAAUUGGAUGAGAGUUCUAGAGGUGGAAGUUCCAGACGUCGUGGAAAGAUGUCGCGGUCAAGAUCAGCAGAACAUGGUCACAGGUCUAAAGAAAAAGGAACUGGAAGCCGAGACAAGAAGUCAAAGCAUCGUGACCGAAACCGUUCGAGAUCUUUAUCAGCAGAAGAUAAGCAUCACAGAAAAAGUAGGUCGUCCCCAAGAGGCAGGGAUGGCGAUAGAUCAAAGCAUAGAAGGCACUCCAAUUCAGCCUCUCCCGAUGGUGAAAAAAACAGGCACAGGAUAGAUGAGGUCAGGGAUAGAAAACCUAAUCAUUGCAGUAGAAGAAGGUCAAGAUCAACUGAAGGCAAGAUUCGUAGAUCUCAAAAGGAGCUUGAUGUAUCUGAAUCGAGGGAGAAGAAACACUUGAGGUCUAAAUCUGUAGAGCGCAGGCGUCACUCGAAAGAUGGCAAGGAUAAAAAGAAGGACGAUAACGUAGCUGAUCACAAGGGCAGGUCGCACAGAACUGAACAUAGCACUCAGGAAAUAGAUUUUAUUCAAGAAGACUCUUCAAAGACUAGGGAUGAUGGAAUGAUGCGGGCAAAAGAAAAAGACCGUUGUUCGAAUCAAUCAGUAAAAGUCAUGACAGCAGAAGAUGAUGAGGAUCUAAACGGUAAUUCUAUGCCAGAUGGUAUUACUGAUGGGGAAUUUGUAGUACCAUUGACUGAGGAUCCAUAGCAUGGUAAUGUCUACUGAUUUAAAAGGGGAGACAAAUAUAUGAGGUUUAUUUAAUUUUGACGAAAUUGGUGAUAACUUGGUGUGGGUUGCAGGAAUCGUGAUGCCAGGAGCAGUGAAUUUCAGAGGUCAGCGUGGCUGAGAUUGGCAGAGUUGGUACAUGCAAUAUCAGAACUGGGAACAGCCAUAUCAUGAUUUGAAUGCUGACGGGUGUUGUGUCGCAAGAUUUGAAAGCCAACGGGUCAACAGGAGAGGGCCGCUUUGCUUGAAAUAAGGGCUGCUUUAAGAAGACUUGUUAGAGUUUCUUUGGUGCUAGGAUUCUCUGCCAGUAGUUAGCUCCUUAUGAACAUGCACCUUUUCUUUUGUGUUUGCUGUCUUUGCAGGUCCAUACUGAUUGGGUUGGAACUAGCCCUUGGCUGGAGCUGACUUACGGCUUAAGCUUCUCAAGAGCUGUGGCCAUUUGCAUCUCUACCUACAAUGUUUGUAGCAAUCUUCUAUAACUGCUAGAUGUAUGUGGAGCUUCUUCUAUUGCUGCCUUGUGGAAUUUUUGGAUAAAGUAUUUCUUUGAACAGUUUGUGCAUUUACCUUGCUUUUAGCUAGAGUGUGAAUGAGGUCUGAUUUUUUUUUUUUGGGGUGGUGACUGGAGAAGGUGCUUUGUCAUUCAUAUAGUGAAAGAUGGUGGAUCUUUCACUUGGAAGGCCUUCUCGAUAUGUUUGCAUGCUUUCAUUAGUCCACUUGUAGGUCAUAUGCAUUGGUGAUUGAGAUGGAAAUUAUGCAUGCGACAGUUAAGUCAUAGGUUCCUGUUUUUUAUACCUUUGUGGUGUAGUGGACUAGUCAUAUCCCGAAUGCGUGCAGGUUCGACAUGCUGCGUUACUGAGAUCAAGUGAAACCAGAUAGUCUCCUUUUCUCUGAGAUCUGGCAUGUUGACAUAUAGUGAUCCAAAAAGUGGAGGUAUGCAGCAAUGUAGUCAGCGCUUCUGUUCCAAGUUUCCUACUUGGUGCUCUUAUGAAUUAUGAUUAAUAAUGAUUGCAUUGGAUAGAAGUGGCAGUGCUCAAGUAGCUUGUGCAUGCUGUUAUAAACACUGUUGCCUUAUUUCUUCCGGUCUUUUUCUUUUGUUUUCCUUUUCCCCACGCCCCCUAUUCUCCUUCUCCUUCUCCUUCUUUUCUCCUUCCAAGGUAUAUGGUUUGGUGAGUGAAGCUACUUUUGAGGUGAAAGUGAAACAUGCUGUGGCAGGCGUGAAUAGGCUCAGAGUUAUGCUGCGGUCAAGUAUCUGAAGAUUGGCCAACUCCAUUGUUCGAUCAUGUAUAUCAUCAGGUAAUUCCUCGUUAAAAUUCCCUGGGAGAAGGCCAGGGUUAUCAGGAUGUAAAGCUCUCAUUUUGUUUCUUCCAUGCCUGCAUUUGGAUGGAUCAACACCGUGUUCUCCAUAUAUAUAGCCAAGAUAGAAUUGACUCAUGUGUUUUAGGAUACUCGCCCAGAUCACCAUGAAACCAACAGGAUACUGUAGUUAAUGGUGGCAUUUGUUUCACUAUUGAAUUUAUGGCUAGACUCAGUAUUUCCCACCAUGUUCUGAUGUAGUUGGCUGGGGGAAAGCAAUUAUAUGAGAUUAGCCGGUAUUUGUCUGGAAAUUGUUAGAGUUGAUUGUUCUUUGGGUGUCUGUACCUUAGUCCCAUGGAAGAGCGAGCAUGUUUAUGGGAUAGGUCUAUUGUUGUUUGCCUCUUGCCUUCUUCUCCCCAGUUUUUCUUCUGCUCUUUUCCUUUUUUGAGACUUGUGAAGCAGAUGGGUACAGGGAGAGGUGCAGCAACCGGACUGAUCUAUACGUUCUUGCCAGCCACUGGAGUUGGAGCCUUUCCGUUCUUGCCUUCCGUUCAAUUUGGUUGAACUCCGUCUGCUACUUAUUUGAGUCACAUGAUCACAUCUCAAGUAGCUCUGCAUACUGCCACCAAGUUAUGGUGCAUAAGCAGGUUGUUUAGUGAUUGAUUCCUUCCUGCGUUCGACGGCUGUUAUAUGAGGUGGUGAAAAGUUUGGGAGAAUUGUUGAGUUGCUCUCGUCUCUUAAUUACUUAAAUCAUAUCAGUUUGAUCGAGUUGGUGUAAAGUUUGGGCGUCAAUUCAUCUGGUGCUCGACCUAGCAAACAAAUGUCGUCUUCAGUACAUUAGCAAGAAGCCUAUCUCGUUGCCCCGAUUGCAAUGGCUCCGACAUGUAUUGCCUAGUUAUCAUAGUACGUCGCCUCUAACACGGUAACACCUCAGGGCAUAGGGUAAUCUGGGUUUGCAAAGCCUACUAUACAUCAAUGAGCUUUUGGGACUUGAAGCUAUUAUUCUGAAGAAAAAUGAGAGCGAAGU